GCUGUGAAGAUGAACAAUUUUCUUCCGCCUCCAGGUCUCGAUCAACAUGAGCGGAACUCUCUCCACUAGCUUUGCCAUGAUCCGUCGGACUUCUUCCGAAGGUCAGGCUCCUUCCUCUCGCCAGCUGCGCGUCGCUCAGCCUGUCGUGGCCAAAAGGAUCAGCUUCUACAAGAGCGGAGACCCGCAGUUUGGGGGCGUCCGGGUGGUGGUGAACCCCCGUUCUUUCAAGACGUUCGAUGCUUUGCUGGAUAACUUGUCGGGGAAGGUGCCCCUGCCGUUCGGGGUGAGGAACAUCAGCACCCCUCGGGGAAGGCACAGCAUCACGCGCCUGGAGGAGCUGGAGGACGGCCAGUCGUACCUGUGCUCCCACGGCAGGAAGGUGCAGCCGGUGGACCUGGACAAGGCCCGCCGGCGCCCGCGGCCCUGGCUCAGCAGCCGGGCCCUCAGCGCGCACGCGCAGCGCGCCCCCGCCCCCGCCGCUCCCGGCAUGCUGCGCGCGCCGCGCAGGCUCCUGGUCUUCAGGAAUGGCGACCCGAAGACGAGGCGCGCGGUGGUGCUGAGCAGGCGGGUCACGCAGAGCUUCGAGGUCUUUCUGCAGCACCUGACGGAGGUCAUGCAGCGCCCGGUGACCAAGCUGUACGCCACGGACGGGCGGAAGGUUCCCAGUCUCCAGGCUGUGAUCCUGAGCUCUGGAGCUGUGGUGGCAGCAGGAAGGGAGCCGUUUAAACCAGGAAAUUAUGACCUCCAGAAGUACUUGCUUCCUGCUAGAUUACCAGGGAUCUCUCAUCGUGUGCAUCCCAAGGGAAAUGCUAGGUCAGAAAGCAGAAAGAUGAGCACACAGGUGCCUUCAAGCCCAAGAUCCCAGAUUUAUUCUGUUUCUUCUGACAAAAUGCAGAGUAAUGAUUGCUAUUCAGAACAUUCUUUUGCUUCUGAAAAUUACUUGGCCUUAGAAAAAAGUGAUUCUCAGAAUUUAUUCAUAUAUCCUUCUGAAGAUGAUGUUGAGAAAUCAAUUAUUUUUAAUCAAGAUGGCACUAUGACAGUUGAAAUGAAAGUUCGAUUCAAGAUAAAAGAGGAGGAAACCAUAAAAUGGACAACCACUGUCAAUAGAGCUGAUCUUUCUAAUAAUGAUGAAAAGAGUGAGAUAAGAAGUUUUCCAGGGAGAACAGAUGAUCGAUCAUCUGGUUUAAAGAUUACAGCAUGUUCAUUGUCUGCAGAUGUCUCACCUCUGGAGAAAGGCAAUAAUCAAGAGGGCAGUUUGGCAGAGGAGAUAAACACUCAAAUGACGGAUCAAGAGGCUGAAACUUGCGAUUCUGCUAGUUGGGAGAAUGCUGCUAUGGACACAAAUGCCAUCCAAGGAGCUCAGGAUCAAGCGAAGCAUCAUUUUUAUAGGCCCCCUACACCUAGACCAAGGAGAGUGAGACAAAAGAAAUCUGUGAUAGGGAGUGUGACCUUGGUAUCUGAAACUGAAGUUCAAGAGAAAAUGAUUGGACAGUUUUCCUAUAGUGAAGAAAGGAAAGAUGGGGAAAACAAAUCUGAGUAUCACAUGUUCACACAUUCCUGCAGUAAAAUGUCAUCAGUAUCCAACAGACCAGUACUUGUUCAAGUUGAUAACAAUGAGCAGGUAGAAUCAUCUUUAGAAAGAAGAAAGGAAAGCAGACUGCUCAAGUCGAGUGCCAUAAGCGCUGGUGUGGUAGAAAUUACAAGUCAGAAGCUGUUAGAGAUGUCCCAUAACAAUGGCUUGCUGCAGACUACAUCAGAAAACUCAAGUGUGGAGGAAGGUACAGUUGAUAGUGUAACAUCAGACAACAAAACUAGUAUCAGAAAUUUAAGAACUGUUGGUAACACCAAUGAUAGAGUCAGUCCUUUCUUAGCAGAUGCAACUCAUCCUUCAGAGGACAACUCUGGAACUGACAAAACUAUUUCCAAGACCUCAGUUUCAGUAGGAUCCUCUACUGUCACCACAAGAAUUGACAAGCUAAUUAAUGAAUUUUCUCAGUGUGGUUUAACAGAACUUCCAGAAAAUGAAAAGCAGAUUUCGUCGUCUGCUGCCAUCAAAAAGAAGAUGAAAUCUGAGCAGCAUGUGAUAAAUUCCAGACAUCAGGAUGGGGAGAGUGCAACUAAAGGAAUCCCCAGGAAGAGUAAGAGAAUAAAUACAAGAGGUAGAAUUUCACAGGAAACCAUAUUGCAGGAUUUACAUAGUCGCUUUAAAGGAGAGCUACUUUGUGAGAAAGACCUCCAUGCAAGUGAUAUGGUUAUUGAAUCAAAUUAUUUUUGUUCCAAAAGUAAUAAUCCUGUGAAUUCCAAGAAUUUUCAUAGAAAUAAAUUAAAUACUGUUCAUAAUCCUAAGUUUCAAGGACUUUUAACCAAAAGGAAAUCCAGACCACUGAACAAAGUUAGUUUAGGAGGACCUACAAAAAGAGAAAUUGGUCAAGGAGAUGAAGUACUUUCCCACAAUAAAUUUAGAUAUUGCAAAAAUACUUUUGAAAAUCAGAAUUUAUUUCAUGUGCUUAAUUUCCUUGAGCAAAACCCCAAUGGUUUUUGUGGACCACAGGCUCAAGCAGAAAUAGCAUCUUGGUAUUUGAGAGGAACAGCAAAGAAGAGUUUAGUUUCAAAAGUUAAUAAUUCACACAUAAGUUUAAGAAGCCAGAAAAAACAAAAAGGGGAUAAGUUGAAAUCAGAUACUAUUGUUAGUAAACAGCAUGUUACAACCAGGGCAAAUUCCUUAGGUUCUUUGAAAAAAGCUGUUUUUCCUGAUGAUAUUACCAAUCAUUCAGUUCAAAAUUAUGUACAGAGGUGGUUGCAGAACAUAAAUCCACAUUCAGCUUUGCAACCUGGAAAAUCGGUUCCAGUAUUCAAAAAGCAAAGGAGUGUGGUACGUUGUAACAACAGUGGUUUUCCAAGAAAUAAUUCCCGUACAAGUCCUGGAAAAGGAAAUAAUUUUGUCCUGGAAAGUAAUAAGCGCGUAACUAAAAAUGCGAGUUUGACAGGAGAUAACCUAGGUAGAGAGGCAGGUGCAUCUUUAGACAAAGACACCAGUGAAGAACUUACCAAAGAUCUCUGUAAGAACCAGAUUGAAUCUCUGAAUGACGCUUACUGUCUUUCCCUUCGUGAAUAUUGUUCUUUGCCACAGUCAGCUAUUUAUGGUCAUAAUACUAAAAGUCAGGUAUCUGCUGAAAAGUCAGGACCAGAGGUAAGCUUUGCUUACCAAGAUGUAAAGCUAGCUACAAAAGGGCAAAGUGCAGAGGCUGCCAUUCAAGUCGAUCUCAUGGAAGAGGACACCCCAAAAGACCUCUUACCAGUCGGGUUGCUUCACCAACUGCAAGCUUUAGUUCCUAGUGUUCACAAGACUCAGAAUGGAGUUGUUCAAAUGCCAGGUUCACUUGCAGAUGUCCCCUUCCCUUCUCCAAUAUGUAGUUCAUCCACGAAUGUUCUUCUAGCUUGGCUCCUGGUGCUACACCUGAAGGGAGGUAUGAAUAGCUUCUGGCAAGAUGAUGCUCACAAGACUACCAGCAGAACUUCAGAAAUACUUGCAUUGUUGGAGGUUCUAAAGCACAUUGCUGUCACAGAGGAGGCUGAUGACUUGAAGGCUGCUGUUGCCAGUUUAGUGGAAUCAACGACAAAUCACAUGGGACUCACUGAGAAAGAACAGGACGUGGUUCCAAUAGGUCUUUCUGAAAAUUGUUCUAUACCCAACCUUCAGAUAGUUCCUAGGUGCACUGAAAAUGAGGAGACACAGGAGAUCUCUUUAGAUGGAUGCUAUUCUGCCAGUGAGGACUGCGUCUCUGAAGUCUGUGUUUCAGAGGUGACUUGCUCUCCAUGUGAGAUGCGCACUGUGAAUAAGACUUGUCCUCCAGAAGAGACUUGUAACCUCAGUGGUGAUUUUUACCCUAGUGAUGGCUGUACCACAGAUCAGACUUCCAUAAAUAAGGCUUGUUUCCCAGGAGAGGUCUGUUCACUUGCUGAUGCUGUGUCUUCUCAUAAGGCUUGUGCUCAUGAGGAAAACUAUGUCUAUGAGACAGCUUGCCCAGUUGAUGAGGCCUGCAUUCCCUUCAAAGUCUGCAAUACCAGUAAUGUUUUAAAUUCCAAAGAAAACACAUAUACUGAUAAUUUGGAAUUGAUUGAAGAGUUAGAAAGAGUUGAUGAAGUUCACAAAGACCUAAAUAUUUUGGCAGACUCUGGGUGUAAAGAUGGCUUUGAUAUAUUAGUGUCACACCAAAAUAUCAGUAAUUUAAGUCACUGUGUUUCUUCCCAAAGUGCAAAUGAACCAGAACUUGAUAGGGAACAUAAUUCUCUGGAUGAAUGUAAAAACUGUUCAUUAAAGAAAUUUCAGAAUAAAAACACAGAUACAUCUUUUGAUAAAGAAGAAUCAAAGACUUCUGAAGAACCAGGCUCAGUAACCAGCAGCAUGACAUCAAGUGAAAGAAACAUUUCAGAAUUGGAAUCCCUUGAAGAGUUAGAAAAGUGGAACCCUGGUAUCUUGAACAUAAAGAUACAUUCAGGAGAGCAAGUUACUGAAGAAUCGAUCCGGAAGGAGUUAGAGGCUGGUAAAAAUUUGGAAUUGAUCGAAGUCUCUAGCAGGAACAUUACAGAGGAGGAAAGAAGGAAUGGUGUAAUUUGUGAGACAGUCAGUAAGAGGCUGGCAACACCACCAUCCUUAGUAUUUUGCUAUGAUUCUAAGCAAAAUACUGAAAAGGAGCUCAGUGAAGGAGAAACUAAAAUGAGAGUAAAAGAGAUGGUGAAAAGCAUGGAAAUGGAAAGUUUUGCAGAGUCUCCUCUUAAUUUUAAAAAUGGCUUCAAAAGUCCAGUGACUUCUGAUUGGUCAGAUUAUAGGCAAGACAGUGAGACUGAACGGUCAUAUAAAACAUCCAGUGAUGGCCCCAGUGACAGUGGUGAGGAGAUUGCCCCAGAGAAAGGAUAUAAUAAGGGAUUUGUUAAGCGGACAAUAGAAAAACUUUAUGGUAAAGCAGAGAUUAUGAAGCCAUCUUUUUUUCCUGGGUCUCCACACACAGCUCAGGUGUGUCCUUACAAUUCUGUGGAAUUUCAGUGUGCUGGGAAAGUAGGUCUUCGUGAUUCUGAAGGUUGGUCAUUUGCCUCUUCUGAACAGGUAUCUAGUAAUUCAUCUGUGUUGCAGAAAUUUCAGGAGGAAAGGCAAGAUAAAUGUGAUUUUAAUGACAUGAGGGCCAAUUAUCAUGAGGAAGACGUUGUGAAACAUGGUACAGAACAAAAUGAUCAUGACAGAACCUUCAGGCACAGAGACGAGGGAGUACUGAUUGACAAAGGCAGGUGGCUCCUGAAAGAAAAUCACUUGCUAAGAAUAUCAUCUCUUGAAAAUUCUGGCAUAUGUGGCAAUGCAGACACCACAUCAGUGGAUACUCUGCUUGAUAAUAAUAGCAGUGAGGUACUGUAUUCACAUUUUGGAAAUUUGGCCCCAGGCCCAGACAUGGUUGAACUGUCCUCUUCAGAAUUGGAGGAAUUGACUCAGCCUCCUGAGCUGAGGUGCAGUUACUUUAACAUGCCUCAUUGUAGCGACUCUGAGCCUUUUCCUGAGGACUUGCUAGAUGUUCAAGAUAAAACUUGUGCUAAGGAGAGAAUACCGAAUCACCAUGCAGAGGAGAAGGGUAAUCACAGGUCAGAAAGAGUAGGCACAGCUGCCACUCAUGUCUUUACAUCAGCUGGUAACAAAGUCCACCCUGUCUCUGAUGGUGCUGUUAAAAACCAGCCAUUGCCUGGUAAUAGUGUAAUCCAUGGGGCACUUCAAGAAGGUGACUCUUUGGACAGACUCUAUACUAUUUGUGGUCAACACUGCCCGAUACUAACUGUUACUAUCCAGCCUGUAAAUGAGGAACACCGAGGAUUUGCAUAUUGCAAAGAUUCUGAUAUUGAAAAUUCCCUGAGUCUCCAAUUAUGGAUGAAAAUACACCCAUAUUUACUGCAGUCAAACAAAAACAUGUUCAGAGAUGAGAACAGUAAAGCAAGUGGUAGGAGAGCAUUUACUGAUGAUGCCAUUGGCAGUACAUUGGAUUGGCUUUAUUUCAGUAACACAUUUGGCUUGAUGGAUAAAAGAAGAAAAUUAAAGAGAAUUAACUUCUUGGACUUAGAGGAAGAAAAUAAUUUAAAUAAAUUUCAACCACAUUUAAAGAGUUUCUUGCACACAUUGUUAGUUGUGGGUGUUGUGAAUUCAAAUACACAAGAUCCCAGCAAUCAGACAAAUGAAAUUUUUGAAGUAGUUGAUGAGAAUAACAACUUAUUAAAUAACAGAUACCAGAGCUCAAGAACAAAUCUCAACCAAGUAGUAAGAGAAAAUAACUAUCAUUUCUCCUUUGAAACGCUUGGCCAAGCCUUCCUAUUUUGCCAAGUUGAGACAUCCUUAGAUAUUAGCAAUAGAAAUAGGUUAGAAAUAUUUUAUAUUUUUGAAGAUGAAAAUCUUAUUAUUUGGGAGGAGGAAAACCAUUAA